AUGCGAUUCCUCCACUCCUUGACGCCCGCUCUUGCGCUUUUUGCGGCCGGUGCCGCGCAGGCCGCCUCAUCAUGGGGAUUCGACAGUGCCACCGUUUCGAUUUCUGGAAAGGGCAAGGAUGCCACCAAGGAGAAGCUGAGCCCGACCGCUCCCCUUAAGAAAGCCCUCUCUCUGGAGACCAAGGACAGCCUCAAGCUCAUCCUGACGGCCAAGGAGGGUGACAAGGCCAAGCGCCCGCACCAGGCCUUCCUGGUCCUCAAGGAGACCACAACCGGCCUCGAGGCCCCCUUCCCUCUUGAGAUCAAGGAAACCGGCAAAGGUGUCGUCGAUAUUUCCCAGAAGGACCUCCCGAUCCAGCUCCUCCUGGCCACCGAGCCCCUCAAGGCCAGCAUCGUCAUCGGCUCUUUCGGAUCGUCCAAGGCCGUCGAGACGACUCUCUUCGAAGUCGCCGUCAAGCGUGACGCCAUCGCGGCCCCCCCGGUCUACGAGCCGCCCGUCCGCUACGGCAAGCAGCCCGAGAUCCACCACAUCUUCAAAGAGGGUGACAAGAGCCCGCCCAAGAUCAUCUCGUUGGCCUUUGUCAUUGCCGUCCUCGCCACAAUCCCCGUGCUCCUCGUUGGCUGGCUCAACCUCGGCGCCAACUUCAACCACCUUCAAAAGGCACUCUCCGCGGCGCCCCUGGCUCACGUCGGCUUCUUCGGCUCCAUAGUUGCCAUGGAGGGCGUCUUCUUCCUGUACUACACCAGCUGGAACCUCUUCCAGACCCUGCCCGCUGUCGCCAUCGUCGCGACCUCCAUCUUCCUGAACGGCACCAAGGCCCUCAGCGAGGUCCAGAGCCGCCGUCUCGCCGGCCAGAGGUAA